AUGGUUGAAGCCCAAAGGUUGUCAUUCAUCAGAGCUAAUCAGAAGUUAAUUCGUUGUGAUAUUCUUAAUGGAUUACAAGAAGCUGUUAACAGAGGAGAAACAUAUCCUUCUUUAAUUGGAAGACGUAUUGUCUUGCCUGCUUCAUUCACUGGUGGUACUAGAUACAUGUUCAACAAUUGUCAAGAUGCUAUGGCAAUUUGUAAAAAAUUUGGAUAUCCUGAUUUGUUCAUUACUAUAACAUGCAAUGUGAAUUGGAGUGAAAUAAGAGAAUUUGUCUUAGCAAAAGGCUUAUCAGCUUCGGAUAGACCUGAUAUUGUAUGUAGAGUGUUCAAAAUGAAGCUGGAUGAAAUGAUGACAUAUUUUAAGAAAAAGGACUUCUUUGGAAAAAGCACUGCAGGAAUGUACAUAGUAGAAUUCCAAAAAAGAGGUUUACCUCAUGCACAUAUACUUUUAUGGUUGGAUGGAGAAAGCAAAUUGAAGAAUUCAACUAAUAUUGAUAAAGUAAUAUCAGCUGAAUUGCCAAAUGCUGAUUUGUACCCCAAAUUGGAAAAAAUGGUCUCAAGUUACAUGAUUCAUGGACCAUGCGGACCUGCAAGACAUAAUUCACCUUGGAUGAAGGAAGGAAGAUGUUCUAAAUUUUAUCCAAAAAAAUUCACAUCUUCGACUUCAAUUGAUGAAGAGGGAUAUCCAUGUUAUAGAAGACUUGAUAAUGGUAGAUUUGUUGAGAAGAAUGGAAUUAAGCUGGACAAUAGAAGUGUUGUUCCUUACAAUCCACCACUUCUAAUGAGGUAUCAAGCACACGUCAAUACAGAGUAUUGCAACAAGACCAAUUCAAUAAAAUAUUUGUUCAAAUAUGUGAACAAAGGUCCUGACAGAGCUACUCUUAAAAUAAGCAACAACUCUGCACAGUCUAAAAAAUCAACCAUUAUUGAUGAGAUCAAAAGGUAUUACGGUUGUAGGUAUCUAUCACCAUGUGAAACUGCUUGGAGAAUAUUUGCUUUUGACAUCCAUCACAGAUGGCCUCCUGUUCAGAGAUUGACAUUUCAUCUUCCUGGCCAACAAUCAGCUUUGUUUAAAGAUGAUGAUGAUAUUAAUGUGGUCUUCAACAGAUACGAAAAUGCUAACACAAUGUUUCUAGCUUGGUUUGAGGCUAACAAAGUUUAUGAGGAAGGAAAAGAAUUGACUUAUUCAGAAUUUCCAAGCAAUUUUGUGUGGUUUGCCAAAGAAAAAGAAUGGAAACCAAGGAAGAAAGGCUACAACAUUGGUAGACUUACUUAUAUUCCUCCUGGGUCUGGAGAACUUUAUUAUUUGAGGAUAUUAUUGACCAUUCAAAAAGGUUGUAUUGAUUAUGAAAGCAUUAAGACAAUUGAUGGAAAGUAUUAUGAAACAUACCAAGAAGCUUGCUAUGUUUUGGGAUUGUUGGCUGACGACAAAGAAUAUAGUGAUGCAAUCAAAGAAGCAAGUGAAUUUGCUUCUGGGUAUCAACUUAGAAGAUUAUUUGUUACUUUGUUGUCGAUGAAUACAAUUUCUAAACUAGAUAUAGUUUGGAAUUCUACUUGGAGUCUUCAAAUUCAGACUACUGAAUUACAAAAACUAUGUCUGCUGGAAAUAGAGGAAAUGCUAAUGUCAAAUGAUGUACAUACAUUCAAUAAUAGAUUUAUUGUUGAUGAGCUGCAAUAUAAUAAACAAGACAUGGCGAAAGAACAUGACAGUAAGACUUUUAUGUGGAAGACAUUGUCGGCUGGUCUAAGAAGCAAGGGCAUGAUUGUUUUGAACGUAGCAUCCAGUGGAAUUGCUUCUUUAUUACUUCCUGGUGGAAAAACAACACACUCUACCUUUUGCAUCCCACUGUUAAUUAAUGAUGAAUCAAUUUGCAACAUAGCACAAGGUAGUCUUAGAGCAAAACUUCUUAUGGCAACCAGUUUGAUUAUCUGGGAUGAAGCACCAAUGAUGAAUAGAAUGUGCUUUGAGGCAUUUGAUAGAACACUAAGAGAUAUUAUGCGAAAUGUUGAUGAUGCCAAUAAAGACAAACCAUUUGGUGGCAAAGCAGUUGUGUUGGGAGGUGACUUUAGACAAAUUCUACCAGUUAUCAAAAAAGGAUCUAGGUUUGAUAUCAUAAAAUCAGCAAUCAACUAUUCAGAGUUAUGGAAUUGUUGUAAAGUGCUAAAGUUAUCCAAGAACAUGAGAUUAAGUACUACAUCAAAUACUGAAACAACCAAUGAUAUUCAAGAAUUUGCUGAUUGGAUAUUGAAGAUUGGAGACGGAAAAAUGGAUCUAAAUGAUAAUGGUGAGUGCAUGGUUGAAAUUCCAGAACAGAUCCUGAUUACAAACUCAGAUUUACCUUUAUUGGCAUUGGUUGAAUUUGUCUAUCCUCAAUUUGUGGUUAACAUGUUGAAGCCUAAUUAUUUUGAUGAUGGAGCAAUUUUAUGCCCAACAAAUGAUUCUGUAGAGCAAGUAAAUGAUUUCAUGUUGUCUUUAAUCGGUGGUGAAGAGGUGACAUAUUUAAGUUCAGAUACACCUUGCCAAUUUGAUGAACAAGAUGAAGUGCAAUCUGAAUGGUUUACAUCUGAAUUUUUAAAUGAUAUCAAAUGUUCAGGGAUACCAAAUCAUAAACUGAAGUUGAAAACAGGUGUUCCAAUUAUGCUCUUGAGAAACAUUGAUCAAGCGAAAGGUCUAUGCAAUGGCACAAGAUUGCAAGUCAACCAUUUAGGCAAGAAUGAUUUUUAUACCAAGAAUGGAUUUAAUGCCAUCUGA